GAAAAUAAAAAUAGAAAAAAAGUAAUAAAAUGAGGAUUGCAUGUGGCAUAUAACUUUAUAUUGGGUAUAAAUAAGAGAAGUGGUAUUGGAUGGGAAGUAAAAGAAAAUGGGAGGAGGGAAGAAAUCAAGUUCAAUGUCGUUUUGUGGCAUGUUGAAGUCUUGUUUCUCAGGUGGAAACAAAGAUGAUUAUUACUAUUAUGAUGAUCAAAGUAAAACUAGAAUAUUUGCAAGUGAUGAAGACAGAGCUCGUUGGGUUGCCGAGCCCGGUAUUGAUCGAAAAGCGUCGGCUUUCAUCGCUAGAUUCUAUGCCUCACGAGCCACUGAUUCUCAGCAACAAAUUGCAUCUUGAUUCACUAAUCUUCUUCUUAAUCAAAUGUAAUCAUCAUGUAAUCUUCUUCUUAGUUGCACUUGCUUCCUCAAAUGUAAUCAUCAUGUAAUCUUUCCUUUAUAUGACAAUAUAUUUCUCAUUUACUUUCAAUGCCACUCAA